GUCAUUUUCUCUCCCCACGAGCUGUCACUCUGACAGCUCAUGAGGCGAGAAGAGCCGGUAAUCGGCAUUCCUCGGAGGGGGACAUCAGCGCCACCUAUCAGUGCCUGCUCUCAGUGCUCAUCCAUGCCACCUGCCAGCGCCCAUCAGUGCCACAUUUCAGUGCCACAUCAAUGCCACAUAUCAGUGCCCAUCUGAGCUGCCAGUCAGUGCCGCCUAACAGUGCCAGUCAGUGCCGCCUAACGGUGCCAUAUAUGAGUGCUGCCUUUCAGUGCCCAUCAGUGAUGCCU